AUGCAGUUAAACCUCCCACCACCCCCACUCAUUCACAUCACAUUUAGUGGACAGCCAGCGGUGUCAACAGGCGUGGUGAAUCUCGCAGCACUGCUGGGGAGUACAGACUAUCUCCUCGUCAGACACGUCUCACCCACAGAAGGUGCAGGUGGUGCGUAUGAUGAUGAUGAUAAUGAAAAUGAUAGUUUAAUCGAUGGAGGUGAAGAUACUGCCAAUAAAGCCGAUAUUAAUAGUAAUAAAAAUAAUGAUAAAAAUAAAAAUAAUAAUAAUAAUAAUAAUAAUAAUAAUAAUAAUAUGAAGCAUAAUAAUGUUAACAAUGGCGAUGGAGUUAGCGGCAACAGCAGUCUCAUUGGUGAGGCUGUCUCUCAGCGGCGUAAGCUGCAGUUGUGUGAUCACGCGGGUCUCCCGCUCGGUUGUUUUGCGGUGGAGGACGGCGGCCGCUAUGAAGUUGUGCGGCGAAGUGAUGUGCACGUGGGAGCGGGAGUGGCACGCGACACACGAGAAGAAAAGAAGAAGCGUAAGAGGAACACACGGGAAGAAGAAGAAGAAGAAGAAGAAGAGGGAAAACAACAGGAAAAAGAAGAGAAUGAAGAAGAGGAAGAACAGGAGUUGACCGCGGAGGAGAGGCGGAAGAAAAAGAGGCAAGAGAAGAGGCGAAAGCGGGCGGAGAAGGCGAGGGAGGCGGAUCGUGGGGAAAACAGAAGUGCGCUGUUGAGAUCCCGAGGUGGUAAUGAAGCUACAAAUACAAACACAAACACAAAUACCACUACUACUACUACUACUACUACUACUAUAAACACAAACACAUCAACAAGAGGAAAGGAAUCAACAGUGCGAGAAGGAGGAGAAGGAAAUACAAGAAUGGAGAAUGCGGUGGGUGAGGAAGGCGUGCAGCGGGUGUCCCUCGACACACCACUCACAGAUAGUCUCACCAAUUCACAGCGGGUUGUGGAACAGAGUGAACAACAACAACAACAACAACAAGCAGAAGAAAAAGAAGAAGAAAAAGAAAAGGAGGAAUAUAGUGGAAAUACACCAUCUCGACCAUCGUCCACACAGAAAUCACUAUCCCCAUCGUUAGUCAGUUCGCCUAUGCCUGUUAUGGAAGUUAAGAAGUGCCGGCGGCCAUUGAAUAAGGUUAGCAGCAGUUCAUCACUGGAUCGCAACCACGUGCAGUACGUGAAUGAAGAACAACAAGAUGAAGAGCAGGAACGGCGUCAAGAAAAGGAACUUUUUACUGCGGAACAGGAAAAUGAAAAUGAAAAAGAAAAUGAAAAUGAAAAUGAAAAUGAAAAAGAGGAGAAGGAGGAGGAAAAACAGAAUUCUCAUACUGGAGAGAACAGAGGUGUAGAAGAACAGCAAAUAAUAAACAAACCAUCCAAUUUACGCAGCAGUGUAGCGAGCACCACUACAGAUGAUGACACCCUCAUUACACAUGCAUUAAAGAAUGCAGUGCGUGAGAAGGAAAAGAAGGAUGAGGGCAGUAGCAGUAAAAAAAGAAAUAGUAAAAACCACAAUGACCAUGAUUCUCUUUUGGAUGUGUUGAAGAAGAAUAUAAACACAACAACAAUAACAAGAACACCAGCAGCAUCAACAGAACCAGAAGCAACACCAAUAAGGGAAGAAGGAAAAGAGGAAGAAGAAGAAGAAGAAAUGUGGUCGGAGGCCACCGGUCAGCAGCGUCCUUCUUCGAAUAAAUGGAUGCCGUUGGAAAGCCCGGCGUUGGGAUUCACCACCGUGGACAAUACAUUAUCGCAGGACUUUAGUCUAGACUCUUCUUCUGUUACGUCCUCUACAGAUCAAGUGUACUAA